AUGUCUUGCUCCGUUGUCGUUUCAAGUUCUAAUAUGUUCUCUCUCCCCUCUCCUUGCCAUUUCUCUCUCUCCUCCCCGGUUUUGAAGAGAAAGAGGCCGGCUAAGCUUCAUAUACCUGAUGCUUCUUUAAAUAUUGAACUCCCGCCGGCGGUAAUUACUCCGGCGCCGGAGAAGGAUGUUGUUGAGGUGGAGGGAAAUGGUUUUUCUGUGUAUUGUAAGAGAGGAAGUAGGAAACAUAUGGAGGAUCGUUAUUCUGCUUCUGUUGAUCUUCAUGAAGAAACAAAACAGGCUUUUUUUGGCAUAUUUGAUGGACAUGGAGGUACAAAAGCUUCGGAAUUCGCAGCCGAUAACAUGGAGAAGAAUGUGUUAGAAGAAAUAACCAGAAGAGAUGAGAGUGAUGUUGAGGAAGCAGUGAAACAUGGCUACCUCAAAACAGAUUCAGAUUUCUUAAAAGAGGAUCUUCACGGUGGUUCUUGCUGUGUAACAGCAUUGAUUAAGAACGGUAAUCUUAUCGUGUCCAAUGCGGGCGAUUGUCGCGCUGUUAUCAGCAGUAGAGGUGUUGCUGAGGCCUUAACAUCUGAUCACAAACCUUCGAGAAAAGACGAAAAAGACCGGAUCGAAACUCAGGGUGGUUACGUUGAUAUGUGCCGCGGCGUGUGGAGAAUCCAAGGCUCUCUUGCUGUUUCUAGGAGCAUUGGAGAUAGACACAUGAAACAAUGGGUGAUAGCGGAACCUGAGACUAAAGUUCUCAGAAUUGAACCUCAUCAUGAGUUGUUAAUCCUAGCUUCAGAUGGAUUAUGGGACAAGGUUAGUAAUCAGGAAGCUGUAGAUAUAGCUCUUCCUUUUUGUGUAGGGAACAAUAAACAAGGACCCUUUCAAGCUUGUAAGAAACUUGUCGAUUUAUCAUCAUCGCGAGGCUCUAUCGAUGAUACAAGUGUUAUGGUCAUCAAAUUACAGAAAUAUAUUUGA